AAGGAAAGUUGUGUAGUGACCGGCCUGAAGGCAGCUAGUUGUGCCGACCAACUUAUUCCUCUCUAGUCUCCACACACCCCAGUCCCUGCCCUAGCUUCAGGAUGUCUGGGCGUGCUCUCGCCAUAUCUGCCUCCGCCCGCGGCAUGGCGGAGGACUCUUCGUCUUCACGCCAGGUAAAGAAGACCACGAAGACCUAUGUGUACAAAACAGACAGCCAGGGUAAUGUGACCCAGCAUACUGAUGUCAAGGUUGAAGGAGGUUCUAGCUCAGAAUCAGCUUCCAUGAGGAGGUAUGAAGAGCAGAUCCGAGUACUUCAGGAGGAUCUUGACAGCGAGAUGCAGAUGCGUCGUCGUGUGGAGCACGAGAAGCAGAGCCUGCAGAUGCAAAUCAUCUCUCUCUCGGAGAGAUUGACGGAGGCGGAGUCAGGUUCAGAGUCUCAGCUUGAUAUUAACAGAAAGCGCGAAGCUGAGAUGGCUAAACUGCGUAAGCUAUUGGAAGAUGUUCAUACCGAAUCUGAACACCAAAUUCAUCAACUGAGAACAAAGCACCAGACCUCUAUGAUGGAACUCCAGGAGCAUAUCGAGAGGAUCUCCAGGGAGAAGGAGAAGGUUGUGAAAGAGAAGAGCACCAUGAAGACAGAAAUAUCCGAGCUUUACGCGCAAAUCGAAAUCCUGCAGAGCGAGAAGAUUUCCAUCAAGAAGGUUGUGGAGAAGCUGGAGAUUACUGUGAACGAAUAUCAUAUUAAGAUUGAGGACUUGAAUAGGACCGUCGUGGACUUAAACAGCAACAAGCAGAGACUGGUCAUGGAGGCACAAGAGGCCAAUAAGAAACUGAACGAGAUGAGAUUAGCUAUUGAACACGCUGGUAUGGAUAAGAAUAAGUUUGCUUCCCAACUUGAUGAACUACGCAGAGCCGCAGACAACGAGACUAGAGCACGCAAUGCUGCUGAAACUAAGAUUGCUUCUUUGGAGAGGAAUAUCAAGACUCUGACUGUUGAAAUUGAAGAGCUCCGUGCCCUGAAGAUUCAACUUGAAGGCUCAGUUGAAAAGUGGAGAGCUGACAAUGCCGAUUGGAAGAAAAAGUAUGAACUUGAGGCUAAGCUUAGGGUCGAAGAGACUGAUGGUCUCAAGAAGAAGUUCACCAUAGAGAUCAACAGUCUCACUGAUGCUCUUCAUAAUCUGGAGAUUAAGCUUAAGGCUGCUGAAGGUCAGAAGCAGAAGCUCUCACAAGAGGUUAAUGUACUUAUCAAGGAUGUAGAACACAGCCAGGUUGUUAUCAAGGAGAUCUCUGAAAAGCUUCGCGUAUCUGACAAGAGUAAUUCUGAACUUGGAAGCAAGUUGAAGGAGAUGACUAAUCUUUAUGAGAGAGCUGACAGAGACAACAAGGCUCGUGCUGGCGAAAUUGUUAAACUAGGAAAUGAAAUGGACAGGCUGAAUAUGUCUAAUGAAACCCUAAAUGCCCACAAGAGCAAGUUAGAAGAUGAAUUGAAAUCUUUGAAAAUGGAAUUGGAUGGCCUGAAGAAGCGUUAUGCUGAUAUGGACAGAGAUAACAGAAAAUUGGCUCAUGAACGUGAAGAGCUGGCAAGAGCUUACAAAGAUGCUGAUGCUGGCAAACAGAAGGCUCUUGACAGAGUUGCUCAGCUUGAGAAAGAGUUGGCUAAACUUCGCAAUGAUGCUGAAAAGGGUCUUGCUGGAGCACGUGAUGAAUUUGAAAGUCAGAAGAAGAAGCUUUUCAUUGAAAUUGAUACACUUUCCCGCCGUCUUGCUGAAUCUGAAUCUAGACUGAAGAAUGAGGUUGAAGUUAUCAAGAAAAAGAUGUCAGUGACCAUUACGGAACUUGAAAUGUCUCUUGAUGCCUCCAACAAGGGUAAUGCUAUGCUCCAAAACACUGCCAAGACCCAGGCUAACAAGAUAAUGGAACUAAGCGCAGCUUAUGACGACGUUAACCGUAAGCUUGCUGGAUCCCUUCAGCAGUAUGAUAUCACAAUCAAAAGGCUUCAACAAAUUGAGGUGGAAUUUAAAUCUUUGAAGGCCAACUAUGACUCAUCCAUCAAGGUUGCUAAAGAUUAUGAAUCCAAACUUGGAGGAAUGAGCGGAAGAGUUAAUGAACUCACAAUAAUCAACAACAAUCUUUCACAGGUUAAGAUCAAAAUUGAGAAAGAGCUUGCCACUGUUUCCCGGGACUAUGAUGAUAUUGCCAGAGAACUUAAGCUUGCUGAUGAUCGUGCAAACAAGUCUCAAAAUGAUGCCCAACACUUUGAAAGUCUUUUGAGAGAGGAGCAGACCAAGAUUGUAAACUUGGUCAAUGCCAAAAAAGCUCUUGAAAAUGAGGUCAGGAGUUUAAGUGUCAGAAUUGAAGAAAUUGAAACCACUGCAGUGGCAUCCAGCAAGAGAACAAUCCAGAAGAUGGAAAUGAGGAUCACUGAACUAGAAACAAUGAUUGACACUGAGAAAAAAUCCCACAGCCUAUCCAUGACAGAACUUCACAAAAGGGAACGAUCCAUUAAAGAACUUAUUCUUCAAUCUGAGGAGGAUAGAAAGAACAUUUUGAUUCUGCAAGAAUCUCUGGACAAACUCAAUGAGAAGAUUAAGAUGUACAAGAGACAACUGGAAGAACAAGAAUCUAUCUCUAACUCCAACAUCAUGCGUGUCAAGAAGUUCCAGAGAGAACUUGAAAGUGCAGAGUCCCGUGCUGAGGAGGCAGAGUCUACCCUCAACCAAUUCCGAUCUCGCGAGAGAGUGUUUGCAGCGGCAUCAAGCAGAAGUGAGAAGGUCCAGGAUGUUGAAGAACGUGAGGUUGUUGUAAAGAAAACUAUCAACAGAGUCAAUGUAUCUGGUGGUAUGACCUCCUCCUCUACCAUGAGCUCCAGUAUGAAUGAAGAAUCCUCCUCCUCUGCCCUUAAUAACUAUAAAGCAGGUUCUGUAGCAUACAGCAGGGCAGGAUCUGUUGCUAGAGCUGGAUCUACAUUCAGGGGUUCUAGCAUGAGCAGAGCUGGAUCUGUUCUCAGAUAUUGAACACCUUUUAAUCCAAACUUACUUUCAGACCAAAAAUUGUAAAUUCUGCAUCUUAGUAUUUAACUCAAAUUUAUACUAACUUUCCACAAAGAAAUCCAAGGUGUGCAUGUGCAAAUACUGAUCAGCACUGCCAUUAUAAAUAAGAAGAGCUCCGUCCUGGUAACUAUUUGCGGGCUGGCAAUUAUUUACCAGGACAUCUUUAACUUUUUUAUAGUUUUUAAAACACAUUUUGUGUUUAGUUGUUUGGGCAUAAAGCAAUAAAUUGUGAAAAGCAAAGUCUUGAAAGAAAAAAAUUCCCCAGACUGAAAAAUUUUUCUAGGGUUGGAGAAUAUUUUACAGUUUUUGGGAAAACCAUCUUUUCAGCUUACAGGACUUUCGAGUAGCGUCUGUGCUUAUUUUUUAAAUAUCAUUUGUCAUCAAAUAUUUAAGACAAAAAAAGCAAGCUGGUGCAGGCAAUUUUCUUUAUUUAUGAUAGUUGACAUUGGCGGAUGUAACAAUUAGCUACUCAAAUAAACGUUAUAUUUGUA